UCAUCUGGAGUCAGCAUCCUAAGCUUUUCUCCGGGUAAAACAGUGGAUAAGAUUGUGAUUUUCCAAUAACCUAUAUUUACUAAUCUUUCCAUAAGUGAUUUUUUGAAUUUGUUUCGCGAUAAAUACACUCAAGCCACUAGCAAAUAAUAAAAUCUUAGAAGCUUUCUCGUAGUACAAUCAUGUUGGAUAGCAAGUUGGACAACAUUCGUAUAGAGACAAUAACUAGCAAAUACUACGAUGACGUGAUCGAGCAUCUUCGGCAAACCUUCUUUGCCGAUGAACCAUUGAACAAAGCUGUGCACCUUACCCGUCCAGGCCAGGGCCAUCCACUCUUGGAACUCCAUAGCCUAUCCACCCUAAGAGACAACGUUAGCAUUAUGGCAAUUUCAGGCGAAGGAGAAAUUGCCGGUGUAGCAUUGAAUGGCAUUCUUCAUGGCAAUAGAGAUAUAGAACAAUCCAUGAACAAACUUAAUGAUAUCCAGGAUGAAAAUUUCAAGAAAAUUUUCAAACUACUCUACGAGCAAAAUUUGAAAAUUAAUCUUUUCAAGCAAUUUGACGUUGAUAAGAUUUUUGAAAUAAGAAUACUUUCGGUUGACUCAAAGUUUCGCGGCAAAGGAUUAGCUAAGAAGUUGAUAGAGAAAAGCGAGGAACUUGCUUUGGACCGCGGCUUUCAGGUCAUGAAAACUGAUGCAACCGGAGCAUUUUCACAGCGCGUAGUAAGCUCAUUGGGAUUUAUAACCAAAAGCGAACUCAACUACGCAGACUACUUGGAUGAAAACGGAGAACAAACAUUUGUAGUCGAACCACCACACGAAAAACUUAAAAUUAUGUGCAAAGUAAUCAACUAAGCAAUGUGAAAGCAUUCCCACAGGACGCGCAUUAAAGCUAACGUACUAGUCAUUGACAAUAGAAAUACCGAUAAUCAUGAUAUUUGAAAUAUUUAUCAGUGUAUACUCAGUGUUACCAAAGAUGUGCAGAGUCGAUUGUUGUUUGAUAGAAGCAUAGCUUACUUUGUUCAUUCGUUGAUGAUGUUUUGUACUAUUUGAGAAUUUUUUUUUUGUUCGGUGAUGUUGUGUUCAAAAAUUAUUUAUUAAUAGCCAAUAUUUUAAUGCUCACAAGGUUUGAGUGUUUUAAAUUAUAUCUGUAAUCACCACUACAGAAUUUCACCAGUAAAAUUGAUGGCAUUGCCAAUUUUUAGCCAGUAUUUUGAUAGGUAUUUCAAAUACCGUCCUACAGAAACCGACCAAUUCUGAGUGAUAAUAUUGAUUAUAUUGGGAAAAUAUAAAUGAGUAACCCAGUUCACAAUCACUUGAGAUAAAGCAUAUACCUACACGUAUGAACCAAUUGUAGAACACAAAUCAAGGAAUAAACGAUACAGAAACAAACGUACA